AAAUAGCUAAGAAACGAGUAAAGUUAACCAUAACUCUGAGUGUUAAUAUUUCUCUUGUAAACGAAAACACAUUUAUCAGGUUCCGCCAGAGGUCAAAUCGCUACCGUGCAUCGCAGUUAGUUGAAUCAAUCUAUAAUUCAGUUGUAAUUCCUCUUGGUCAAAGAAAUGUGCUUAAUGAUAGUUAUUUACUUGCUUGUAUUUAUUAACUUUCGCGUGUUGUGCUGCCCAAACUCGGCCGAAAUUGAGCACCUGAAAUGGGAGUUUCAGAAACUCGAUAAAGCAUGGGUCGAACAGCUCACGGAUGACCGUAAUAAUAUUUCACUCAAUGGGCUCAUUAAAUUUAAUCAUCAGGAAUUGCAACCGAUAACUGCGGAUAUUCUAACGCGCUUAAAUCAAUCAAAGUUGAGAGAUCAAUACUUGGCCAACAUUGACCAUCAGCUGAUUUGGGGAGGAUUUGCCAGUUUUAUACGAUGCAUCAGCGCAUUAUCCGGUAAAGACCCCAUACUAGAAAAGCUCUACUUAGCCCAACAAGCGCUUCAAAGGAGCGUCGCAAUGAAACGCUCAAUGGAAACUAUUUAUCGCCAGCUUCAGUUGAAUUUACUUCGAAUCAUCCACAAAGAUCUCAACAGCAGGCAGUGGUGCAUCUCAGAAACAACGCAGCUGGACUAUGGCUGUAAGAAUGAGAACAUCGUUGUGAUUUAUGAAUUUGUGGCAGUAACGGAACUAAGGAACGAAAUCAUUGAACGAAUCAGAACACUGCUGGAAUGGUCACCUUUAGGUGGUUAUCAAAACAUGCGACUUCCGUAUAAAACCAGAGCAUUAUUCGACAAAUAUUCAUCCUUCAGAGUACACAAAGACAUACGCAUAUGCGACCCGAAUAAAUUUAUCCUAGGAAAAAACUAUCUUCGAUUCACUAAACUGCUACAGGGAUUCAUUCGCUCAUUUGACGUGCAAAAAGCCCAUGAGUACAUUAACCGGUGCUCUGCUCGAAUAUUCAACUGUAUACCAACCACAUCGACACUGAAAGCCUGCCAAUCACCAUUCAAGCACAAGAGAUUUGAUUUUAUUCAACAGAGCAAUGGGACUUUCCUAGGACGACGCCAAUAUUGCUCAACAAUUCAACAUUGGGACGCCAGUUCGUCAAUAUGUCUAUGUGAUCAAACUGGAGCGGACUCUGAUAGAUUCAUUAGUCUUAUCCCGGUUACAUCGAAUAUAUUGCAAAACAAGGUGAUAACUGGGGUCAAAUUUAUCAAACCCUAUCAAAUACUGCAACUCCAAAUUCAACAAGGGCAACUUCUACCAAAUGGCAAUAUUAACCAAUCGACUGUUGAAUGGAUUCCUUCCGAAACAUUCAAUGUAACAGAUGCGGGUGUUUUGAAUAACAAAGAUUAUUUUCUACUCACAAAUUUGAGCAGAACAAUUGCCAUUGACGAGCUUGAGACGAAAAAGAGCAACCAUGCAAUGACUGGCAUAGGUUUUACAGUGUUUAAAGAUGUGAUCCAUCUGAAAAUUGGCCUGCAUAGUUUCAACGCAGACAAUGGCCUUUUGAAUUCCGAUCAAGAAGUGCUAAUGAACGAGCAGCAGAACAGGCCUUUUGUACCUUUGUCUGAUAUGGACGUUCCAAGCUAUACCGACAGACCGUCUGAACUGAUGUCUUUUACACCGAUGUUUUUAAAUUUUACACACACUGGUUUCACACAGGAUAUGGCCCAAACCACUGUUCCAUUUCUGGAUUCACAGGAAGUUACCAGCAACCCGGCAGUGCCCUUAACGGGAGCAGGACUUUACUAUAAGGCCCGUAGCGGGUAUGGGGGAUUUUUGGCCCCCGUCAUCAAAACAAUGAGAAAAUUCAUGUAUGUAAACUGAAAUAAAAUGUAUUUUUUACAGAAACCAA